GAGGGAACGUAAGAAGCAAGCAGUUGCGAAGUGCUCUUUGUUGCUUUUUGCAAUUCAGAAUCCAAAGGACCCUGGGUUUGCCCCUCUCCUGCCUUGUAACAAGCCUUUCUUCGGAGAGCAACCCAUACAGCUAACCGCCAGUUAUCCAUCAUGACCGCGAUGGCAGACCUAGGCAGCAAAAGACCCGUCCGGUUUAGGCUACCACACGCUGGUAGAACACUCGUGACGCAGAGAGAUGCGCCAGCAGCCCUGUCGCUUAUGUCACCAGCUUCUUGCUUUCGCAGACUUCUUUCCGUCGGCAGAAGAAGCCAGUUGCGCAUGUGUCUUGUCUGUCUGUACCUGAAUAAGCAAGGACUCCACUGGCGAAGCCGGACAAGCUAA